AUGACUCAGCCUUUCACACUGCAGCUUCCCUGUGUGGAUUUGUGCACCGGACCACAUCCGCCUCUCCAUGAAGAACUCCGUGAAAUGAACAAAGUGCUGCAGCCUAUAACGGGAGCCCCCACUGCCCCCCACCCUGCCCCCUCCCCUGGGCUCUCACAGCACUCGGCCAUUGUGUUCGCCGCCCCGCCGCCUCCACCGAUGAACCCCGCACCGCAGCCCCGACAGCCCUACUAUACCUGCAGGGCCGGCCUGCCCCCCGGCGGUGGGCCCCGGGGAAUCCCGCCGGUCAGCGGCGCCGCCCGCCCCGUGACCCCCACCCACCUUUACCAGGCGGGCCCCGCCUCCCAAAUGAUGAUGAUCCCACAGCAGCAGCUGCCCUUCCCCAGCCCCCCGCAGGGACCCGCCUACUUCAUACCUGGACAGUACCGGUCGCCGACCUACGUGCCCGCCCCCCAGCAAUACCCGGUCCCCGCAGGCACUCCGGGCUUCUACCCCGGCACCAGCCCCGCCGAGUACGGCCCCUAUGCCGGGGCCUACUACCCCGCACAGCCUCAGUUCCCCCCCCCAGUGCAGCCGGCACCUGUCAUUAUGAACCCGGCCCCCCAGCAGCAGCAGCAGCAGCAGGCACCUCCCCAGUCCGCCCAACACGUCUCCACCAAAAGGGAGCGCAAACAGGUACAGCCAGCAGAGCGAAGCGCGAGGCGUUCAAAGCCCCGAGCCACGUCCGCCACAGCGCACCUUCACUCAAUAAGAGACCCUAACCGAGGAGGAAGAGACAUUACUGAAGAGAUUAUGUCAGGGGGCCGCAGCGGCUCCACCCCGACCCCCCCACAGCUAGUUUUAGCCUUUUCAUUUGGCGUUAGCAUUCCAUGUCGCAGCACCUCUCUCCUGCCCUUGCCAUCAAAUGACCGAGGGAAGCCUCCGCGUCCUCCUCCGGUACAGACCCCUGAGCUCAGUAAGGGCGACUCCAUCCUGACAGAGGACACUGAGACCCCCGCCCCCCCCUUCCUCUCGCAGUCGGGGAGCACCCCGAUUUCCGCCUUUGCACCCAGUUCUGUUGUCCCAGAUGUGAUGGAUGCUCCCCUGCCCCCCCCUCACUCGGCACCGGCGGUACCUGCCUACCCUGCCCCCCUUCCGGACCCCAUCCCCGUCCCUGCCUCCACCUCCGAUGCGCAGCGUGAAACGGACACAGAGGAAGAGGUGGAGGAGCUGGAGGCGGAGGCCCACAGCUCUCUGGACACGCCCCGUGCUCCGCCCUCCACCACCAACGGGGUCACAGAGCUGGAGACGGACAGCCCCAGUCCCACGGACGAGCCCCUAGAGUCACCCAUCGCUCAGCCCGAGGAGCUGCGCCUGCCCAACGGCCUCCCCCUCCCGGCCCCCCGGGACCCCGAGGCCCCCGGGGUCAGCUCGGCCGAGCGCGACGACAGCCCCAUAGCCGAGCCGGAGGUCAGCCUGCGGCCGGCCGAGCCCACCGCCGCCACGGCCGUCAAAGCCGGCGUCCACUUCACGCCCGACACACCGGCCCCCGCCGCCGGACCAGAUCCCGCCGCCGGACCAGACCCCGCCGAGCCGGUCGUCCAGGCAACGCAGGACCAGCCGGACCCGCCACACAUGGCUCCCAACCAGAUUCCACCCCCCGUGGAAGAGGUUUCAGAGCCCCGGCCCGACCUGGAAGUCGCCUCGUCUCCCGUGGAGACGCCGCCUGUCGCCGACGGCAAGCCCGAGCGGGCGCCCACCCCUCCCCCCGCCGAGGAGGAGCGGAGGGAGGAAGCCCCUCCCCCUCAGACUGUCACCCCUGCUCCCGUAGAAACAACUAUGCAAGCCGCCUUGUCUGUGCCAAAGAAGAAGAGGAAGAUGAAGGAUCUAAACAAAAAGGAGACCGUGGGAGACCUCCUAGACGCUUUUAAGGAGCAGCAGGUAGUUGUCCCACCAGCUCCAGCUCCAGCUCCAGUUCCAGAACCACUCCCCCCCACUGCUGCUUCUCCCCCCUCGCCGGAGGAAGCAGACUUGACCUGGGAGGAUAAAGAGGACAAGCUGGAUGCAGAGAAAGCUAACGCCGAAUCCCCCAGUGACAUGAUGUACCAGUACAAAGAGGAACAAUGGAAGCCGAUCAACACAGAGGAGAAGAAGAAAUACGACAGGGGGUUUCUUUUGGGAUUCCAGUUCAUCUCGGCCAGCAUGAACAAGCCUGCAGGCCUGCCGGCCAUCAGUGACGUGGUCCUAGAUAAGUCUCCAGGUGUGGGUGCGGGUGCGGGUGCAGGUGUGGGUGUGGGUGUGGCCUUGGCCAUGGGCCCCCGCCGCUCCCAGCAAAUGCAGCGCAAAGAGCCCCGGAAGAUCAUCACCAGCAUGUCCCUCAGCGACGACGUGCAGCUCAACAAGGCCGAGAAGGCCUGGAAGCCUUCCCAGAAGAAGCCGGGGCGCGGCCGCGGGGCGGAGGAGCCCGCCGAGAACGACCCCGAGCACCUCAAGACCCAGGAGCUGUUCAAGCGGGUCCGCAGCAUCCUCAACAAACUCACGCCGCAGAAGUUCCAGCAGCUGAUGAAGCAGGUGUCCGACCUGACGAUCGACACGGAAGAGAGGCUCAAAGGAGUCAUAGACCUCACCUUCGAAAAGGCCAUCUCCGAGCCCGACUUUUCCGUGGCCUACGCAAACAUGUGCCGCUGCCUUUCCGGGCUCAAGGUCCAAGCCACAGAUAAGCCGGGACCUCCGGUGAAUUUCCGCAAGCUGCUGCUAAACUGCUGCCAGAAGGAAUUCGAGAAAGAUAAGGACGACGACGAGAUCUUUGAAAAGAAGCAGAAGGAGCUGGAAGCCGCCUCUGGGGGGGAGGAGAAGCAGCGGCUUAUGGACGAGCUGGUGGAAGCCAAAGACAAAGCCAGGAGGCGCUCGCUGGGCAAUAUCAAGUUCAUCGGAGAGCUGUUCAAGCUCAAAAUGCUCACCGAGGUCAUCAUGCACGACUGCAUCGUGAAGCUGCUCAAAAACCACGACGACGAGUCCCUGGAGUGCCUCUGCAGACUGCUGUCCACCAUCGGCAAGGAUCUGGACUUUGAGAAGGCCAAGCCUCGUAUGGACCAGUACUUCAAUCAGGUGGAGAAAAUAACGAAAGAGAGGAAGACCACGUCCAGGAUCCGCUUCAUGCUGCAAGACGUGCUGGACCUCCGGCGGAACAACUGGGUCCCCCGGCGAGGCGACCAGGGCCCCAAGACCAUAGACCAGAUCCACAAAGAGGCUGAGCUGGAGGAGCACCGGGAGCAGAUGAAGGUGCACCAGGCCCUCAUCUCCAAGAAGGAAAUGACCGGUGGCCCUGGGGGCAGGAUGGGGGGAGGAGGAGGAGGUCGCGGGGGCCGCAGCGCCGCGCCUCAGGACGAAGGCUGGAACACGGUUCCCAUCUCCAGGAACCGACCCAUUGACCCCUCCCGCCUCAGUAAAAUCACCAAGACUCCCGUUCUGGACUUCAACAACCAGCUGCUGGCUCCUGGUGGCAGCCGUCCGGCCGCCAGCACCCUCAACAGGUUCUCCGCCCUACAGCAGCCUCCAUCCCAGCCGGGCUCCUCACUGGAGCCGGACAGAAGAAUUCCCCAGAGCCGGGAGCGCGGCGAGCGCUUCGAUCGGCGGGACGAGCGCAACCGUCUGCAGGUCACCAAACGCAGCUUCAGCCGGGAGGCGGAGGAGCGGAGCCGGGAGAAGGACCACCACGGAUCAGCCGGUGCUGCACGCAAAGGAAGCAGCACGACCGACGACAAACACCGGGGCAGCACAGAGCGGGCCAGGAGCAAAGAGAAUGUGAAGCCAGAGACGGCCGCUCCUCGCCCUCCCCCCCAAACCGCCGCCAAACCAGCCUUAACAGAGGAGGAGAUGGAGAAAAAGUCCACGGCUAUCAUUGAGGAGUAUCUCCACAUAAACGACAUGAAGGAGAUGGCGAGCGCCCAGCUGCUGUUCGUGUUUGUGCGGAACGGCCUGGAGUCCACGCUGGAGCGCAGCGCCACGGCCCGGGAGCACCUGGGCCUGCUGCUGCUCCAGCUGCUGCGGACGGGCAGCCUGCCGGCCGCGCAGUACUACAGAGGGCUUCAGGAAAUUUUGGAGGCGGCCGACGACAUGGAAAUAGACAUCCCCCACAUCUUCCUCUACCUGGCGGAGCUCAUCACUCCCAUGCUGCACGAGGGAGGCAUCCCCAUGGGAGAGCUUUUCAGGGAGAUUUCGAAGGCUUUAAACCCCGCGGGCAAAGCCGGGGUUCUGCUGGCCCACAUCCUCACUUUACUCUGCAAAGGAAUGAGCCAUACCAAGGUAAGCACAAUGUGGAGGGAGGCGGGCCUUAGCUGGUCAGACUUCCUGCCGGAGGACCUGGAUGUCAACAAGUUUGUGACAGAAAAGAAUGUGGAGUUCACUCUGGGGAAAGAGUCGGAGGGGGGCCGGAGUCGGGAAAUGAGCUCCGCGGAGCUGACCAAACAGCUGGACAGACUGGUCCAGGACAGGGCGGACAACCAGAGGAUCUUCGACUGGGUGGAGCGUCUGCCAGGCGGCCGUCGCGGGAGCCCCUACAAGGUGGACGGCGAUUUGCUCAAGCAGAGGGCCAGGCUGCUGCAGAGGUACCUGAAGGACGAGCAGAAGGAGCUGCAGGCCCUCUACGCCCUGCAGGCCCUCAUGGUGGAGAUGGAGCAGCCGGCCAAUUUACUGCGGAUGUUCUUCAACACCCUCUACGACGUGGACGUGAUCAAAGAGGAGGCCUUCUACAAGUGGGAGUCCAGCAGAGACCCCGCCGAGCAGCAGGGGAAGGGCGUGGCCCUGAAGUCGGCCACCGCCUUUUUCACCUUCCUGCGUCAGCCCGAGGACGAGUCUGACAACAGCUAGGGCCUAUGGGGGGGGGGGGGGGGGGGGGAAGGGGGGCAGAGAGUCCCUGGCGUUUUCUGGAUUCAACUAAAUCCUGAAACAAACAGAAGAAAUUAGAAAAAAAAAAUCUUCAACUGGGA